UUCUAACCGAAGCUCGUCGAGAGAUUUUCGAACCCGUUUCUUUCCUUUUCAAAGCAGCCAUCUUUUCCUCUGCCACAUCCACCAUCGUCGCGCUUAAUCAUCGUCAAGAUGUUCAAGAGCGGCAUUUCCGCCUUCGCCCGGACUGCCCGUCCCUCCUUUGCGGCGGCGUCCCGUCGCGCCGUCCGCCCGGCUGCCCUCAACCUCCGUGCCCCUGCCCUCAGCAGAUUCGCCAGCUCCGCCGGUGUUGGUGAUGGCAAGAUCUACCAGGUCAUUGGUGCCGUCGUCGAUGUCAAGUUCGAUACCGACAAGCUCCCUCCCAUUCUCAACGCCCUUGAGACCCAGAACAAUGGCCAGAAGCUCGUCCUCGAGGUCUCGCAACAUCUCGGCGAGAACGUCGUGAGAUGCAUUGCCAUGGACGGUACUGAGGGUCUCGUUCGUGGUGCCAAGGCCUCCGACACUGGUGCUCCCAUCACCAUCCCUGUCGGCCCUGCCACCCUUGGCCGUAUCAUCAACGUCACUGGUGACCCCAUCGACGAGCGCGGUCCCAUCAAGACCGACAAGUUCCGCCCUAUCCACGCCGAGGCUCCCGAGUUCGUUGAGCAGUCCACCACUGCCGAGAUUCUCGUCACUGGUAUCAAGGUCGUCGAUCUCCUCGCCCCCUACGCUCGUGGUGGAAAGAUUGGUCUCUUCGGUGGUGCUGGUGUCGGCAAGACCGUCUUCAUUCAGGAGCUCAUCAACAACAUCGCCAAGGCUCACGGUGGUUACUCCGUCUUCACCGGUGUCGGUGAGCGUACCCGUGAGGGUAACGAUCUGUACCACGAAAUGCAGGAGACCUCCGUCAUUCAGCUCGACGGUGACUCCAAGGUCGCUCUUGUCUUCGGUCAGAUGAACGAGCCCCCCGGAGCUCGUGCCCGUGUCGCCCUUACUGGUCUUACCAUUGCCGAGUACUUCCGUGAUGAGGAGGGUCAGGAUGUGUUGCUCUUCAUUGACAACAUUUUCCGUUUCACCCAGGCCGGUUCUGAGGUGUCCGCUCUUCUCGGUCGUAUUCCCUCUGCCGUCGGUUACCAGCCCACUCUCGCCGUCGACAUGGGUCAGAUGCAGGAGCGUAUUACCACCACCACCAAGGGUUCCAUUACCUCCGUCCAGGCCGUCUACGUCCCUGCUGACGAUUUGACUGAUCCUGCCCCCGCCACCACCUUCGCCCAUCUUGACGCCACCACUGUCUUGUCCCGUGGUAUCUCUGAGUUGGGUAUCUACCCCGCUGUCGAUCCCCUUGACUCCAAGUCCCGUAUGCUCGACCCCCGUAUUGUCGGCCAGGAGCACUACGAGACCGCCACCCGCGUCCAGCAGAUCCUCCAGGAGUACAAGUCCCUCCAGGAUAUCAUUGCCAUUCUUGGUAUGGACGAACUUUCCGAGGCCGACAAGCUCACCGUCGAGCGUGCCCGUAAGAUCCAGCGUUUCCUCAGCCAGCCUUUCACUGUCGCUCAGGUCUUCACUGGUAUCGAGGGUAAGCUCGUUGACCUUAAGGACACCAUUGCCUCCUUCAAGGCCAUUCUCGCUGGUGAGGGUGAUGACCUCCCCGAGGGUGCCUUCUACAUGGUUGGCGACUUCGCCUCUGCUCGCGCCAAGGGUGAGAAGAUUCUUGCUGAGCUUGAGAACCAGGCUUAAACGUUUAAUGCGGGAGUUCAAAAUCGGGACGGAAACGAUGGCCUGUGUAUAGAGUAAAGAAAGGGUUUUCGGGACGUUCCUCCUAUGAGCUGUGUAUCAAAUGAAGUUCCUUUUUUUUCUCUAUAUACCUUGCCUGUUUUUGUGCGCGAUGAAAAGCUCUUGUCUGGUUAAUGAAUACGAUGUGAAUGAACUCAU